GACCCGCCGUCGCCGCCAUGUCGCAAGUGGCCGCGCACUGCAACCACUUCAGCAACGACAACAACAACAACACCAACAGCCAUGAGAGCGCCGAGGAGGCGGUGCUGGCCGCCGCCGCCACCAUCUACCGCUACCGGGCGCCCAUUGCCAGCCUGGACUGCAUGGAGGAGUUCGCCGGCACCAACGAGCACCUCACGGCCCUGGCUGGCGGCGGCCCGGGGGGAGGCGGCCUGGGUGGAGGCGGCGGGCUCAGCGGCGCGCUCGGCGGCGCGCUCGGCACCUCCACCAAGGAGCAGAUGCUGCUGGCGCGCGAGCCGCUGCUGUCCGGCUCGGCCCUCGUCGCUAGGCAGACCAACGUCACGCCCGGCCUGCGCUACCGCAACCUGGGCAAGAGCGGCCUGCGCGUCUCCAACGUCGGGCUGGGCACGUGGGUGACGUUCGGGCCCGGGGUGACGGAGACCGAGGCCGAGAACGUGGUGGUGCUGGCCUACGAGUCCGGCGUCAACCUGUUCGACGUGAGCGAGGCGCACUGUGGGCCGCGCGCCGAGGUGGAGCUUGGCCGCAUCCUGCAGCGUCGCCAGUGGAAGCGCUCGUCCUACGUCGUCUGCACCAAGAUCUACUGGAACACCAAGUCCGACGAGCGGGGGCUGUCCCGGAAGCACAUCAUCGAGUCCGUGAAGGCGUCGCUCGCGCGGCUGCAGCUCGCCUACAUCGACGUCGUCAUCAUCCACAAGGCCGACCCCAUGUGCCCCAUGGAGGAAAUCGUGCGGGCCAUGCACCACGUGGUGUGCCAGGGCUGGGCCAUGUACUGGGGCACGGCGCGCUGGACGCCCGGCGAGGUCAUGGAGGCCUACUCCAACUGCAGGCAGUUCAACUGCACCACCCCGGUGUGCGAGCAGGCCGAGUACCACCUGUUCUGCAGAGACAAGGCGGAGCUCUACAUGCCGGAGCUGUACAAUAAAAUCGGCGUUGGGCUGAUGGCCUGGUCGCCGUUGACCAUGGGACUCAUUUCGGGUAAAUUCGACGAAGCAGGGUUUCCUCUUAUAAGUAGAUCCUCUUUCAAGAGUAAACGCUCAUCCUACAGUUGGACUGAAGACGAAACAGGCGCUACAACUAAAGAAACGUACACGUGGAUCAAGGAGCGCCUGGAGCCGGAGGAGCUGCGGCGCCAGCAGGACCGGCAGCGCGAGAUCUCGCUGGUGGCGGAGCGGCUGGGCUGCACCGUGCCGCAGCUCGCCGUGGCCUGGUGCCUCAAGAACGAGAGCGUGCAGUGCCUGCUGCUGGGGGCCACCUCGCCCGCGCAGCUCUACGAGAGCAUCCAGAGCCUCCAGCUGGUGCCCAAGCUCAACGCCACCACCAUGACGGACCUGGAGCGCAUCCUGGACAACAAGCCCACCAGGCCCCCCAUCGUGUCCACCCUGGCGCUUAGAUGACAAACAGUCUGCCCCCCCGGGGGCGUCGGCGGCGUCUCUGGGGGGGCCUCCCCCAAAGACGAGGACAGCCGCGCCCUCGCGGAGGAGCAGACUUCCCAAACGGCCUCGAAAGGAGAAAACAAGUCCACCACGGACGAAAACGAAACGCGCUGUUUCCCGCUCCCGCAAAACGCAGGAUGCACCAACCUGGGCGGAGUGUCCUUCUGCACCAUACAGUGACGGCUCCCGGCCCCCGGCUCGCCCACCCGGCAGGCCGCGGGGCCCGCCGCUGCCUCCUCAGCAGCUGCAACCGCCGCAACCGCC